AUGUCGUACUAUGACAUUGAUUCCAUUUUGACAGAUGCACAGAAACUGCCUUGUACGUUCGAACUAGAAGUUCCAGGACUGGGCAUCCUGGAAGGAAAUCCAGGCGAAGAUAUUAAACCGGGUACUCGCAUCGAUCUCCCACUAUGGCUGGGCGAGAUGCUUUCCAUCGGUGCACGACUGGGGACAUCCCGUUUGGUCACUCUUGAUAUGCCAUCCGCUCUGUCUGAGCGAGUGAUGAACGCACUGAAAGCAGACCCACGAACGGUUGACCUGCGUUCCUUGGCACCGCAUUUCUACAGCCUGGGCGAGCGAAUUCUCGAACUGUUUGAGGAAGAGGAGUUGGUCGACGUAUUGAUGGAGACCUUCAAAAAACGGGCGGCCGAGGUCUCUGAUCAAGCUCAUAACCCACGUGGAGCCGUUGGAGACGGAGUGGAUUUCCUCCGAGGUCUCGACGAGACAGAACGUCAGCUAUUCCGAGCGGCUCAUGAUCGGGCUAAGGAGAUGCGGGUCUGGAGCGGAGAGGCUAAGCGGAAAUGA